GCACAGGAGGAGGCUCCCAGGGAAGGAUGAGUGUGGCCUUCCUCUUCUCACUAUUGAGCAUGCUCUCUGUGGUCCCACUUUCUACCAUGAUACAAAGAAUUAAGAAGGUCCUAUCAAGAUGAAGACCUUUGAUCUCAGACUCCUUAACCUCCAGAACAGUAAUGAUGAGUCUCUAGUCUACAGAGUGUCCAGUGGUCUGUAGUCAGUAUUGUGCUACACCAUCAAAAAAUGGUUGAACACAGUAAUCAAAAGCUUCUGGGAACACUGAGAAUCAACAUUGAAGUUUUCGGCUCCGGUGGGCCAGCGGUGGCCUCAGGCGGCGGGAAGGACAUGCAUCAGUGGUAUGUGUGCAACAGAGAGAAAUUAUGCGAAUCACUUCAGUCUGUCUUUGUUCAGAGUUAUCUUGACCAAGGAACACAGAUCUUCUUAAACAACAGCAUUGAGAAAUCUGGCUGGCUAUUUAUCCAACUUUAUCAUUCUUUUGUAUCAUCUGUUUUUAGCCUGUUUAUGUCUAAAACAUUUAUUAACGGGUUGCUAGGAAGAGGCUCCAAUUUUUCUGAAAAGAUUUAUUUAGUUUACUUGUUAACCAAAGACUCUUCCUCUAGCAGAGACUUUGCAAUUAUUAAGAACCUCAGGACCCUGAGGUAUCUGGGACCCCAUAGACCAACCCAGUAUCCAGAACUCCUCAGACCAUACCAAUUUCCAAAACUCCAGAGGAAAAAAGGAACACAACACCCAAAACUCCAGACGUUAAACAGGCCUCCAAAACUCCAGCGGACAGAUACAACUAAACCUAAAGACUCUUUGAUCACCACUACCACAGGCUGUUCAAGCCAGAAGAUCUGA